GUCGGCAUUCUUUCGCAGAAGAGCACAAUAGACAGUUCAUAUUUGAAACAUAAACAGACGUUUCACAGUUUGUGUAUAUAUCUUCGAAAUGUUAACUUUUAUUAUAUACUUUUAUCUUCUGUUAUUUCUGAUGAGGAUAAUGCACGGCCAAGGAAAUUCGUGUGCCUGUAAUCAACCGGAUUCAGAUUUUGCGAUUGGCGUCAAUCUCAUUUAUUAUAAAUGUAAUAACGAAACCUCUGGAACGAUCGUCUAUCCCAUCACAGCGCCAGAAGAGAUGUUAAAAGUGUUAGAGGAUAAGCGGACAAUCUUUUACAUCUUUGGACAUUCACAAUCUCCGGAUGAUGCAAAUGUCCAAUUAAUGAUGAGAGCUCUCUGUUAUGAAAGAACGGACAACGUUGUGUUACUCGAUUGGAGUAAAUAUUCUAAGCUAUUUUACUGGAUCUCUUUCCAAAGAGCCGAAAAAGUAGGCCGCUUGUUCGCACAAAGUAUACGACUGCUUGUAAAAAAUGGCCUCGAUAUAUCAAAGAUUUAUAUCAUCGGACAUUCCUUGGGUGUCCCUAUAGCUGGUUUUGCCGGUAAAUGCAACGACUUUACGAUACCUCGCAUCACAGCAUUGGAUCCUGCAAAUCCUUUGUUCUAUCCUUUCGGAUGCUAUCUGAGAUCUACAGAUGCGGCAUGGAUUGAUAUCAUUCAUACCGAUAUGGGAGGAUAUGGCACUCUCACCUGUAUGGGAACAGCGGAAUUUUACGCAAACGGUGGCACUCGCCCUCAGCCUGGUUGCAAGUUAAUUGACAACCCAUUUUCUAAAGCAGAUGUUUGCAGUCAUCAAAGAUCAGUCGAAAUCUAUGCAGAAUCGAAAUAUCAUCCUAAAGAAUUUAUUGCGGUACAGUGUCCUUGCUAUGUUGAUUAUAAAGAAAAUAAAUGCAAAGGCAACCUGCAGAGUUACGUUGGAUACGCUGCAUCGGAUGUACACGGAUCAUUUUAUUUCCAUACAGGAACUUUAUAAUGAGACUUACUCAUUACUACACUUGAAAUUUCUCUACUAUACAGCAGAAUUUCUCGAUCCAGCCGUGAAUCGUCCUAUAAAAAAUUUUCUGUUUGGCGAACGGAGGAAAUAGUUUCAAGCCGGAAGUGGCGAAUGUGUUUUUUGACUUGAGUAUCAUUGGCGGCAAAUUAAAAGCCGGCCCUCAGAGGCCGGCAGGCCAAAUGAGAUUGUGAGAACGGCACGUUGCACACGCGAACGAAUUCUAAUUGUAAGUCGAUGAAGCUGCGCUUGUCGAAGGAACAUGAAAUGCCCGCGGCGUCGUUAUCCUUAACCGUGUAAUUUGGCCAUUUAAUCCUCCCGCCUUGUUAACUUUGAAUCUCCAUCUCCGUUUCCGAUGAAUAAAAAUCAGAUUUUGCGCUAAAUGGAAGUGGCUCUGUGAUCUUAAGUAGUGAUAAAAUAUUAUAAAAUGAGAGAAUAUAUUUAGAAAA